UCGGUUUCCUGAAAAUGGUCGUCUCGCUUUUUCGGGCUAUGUUUUUUUUCUAAUUAAUUGACUGAAAAAUUCGAAAUUACGGCUUAAAGAUGACUGAUAAAGAAAUUACGAUGGAAGAUCUGGAGGAAACGGCCCAAGAAACCGAGGAGCAGCUAGACCUGCUGGCGUGGAAGAUGGAAGGCGACAAGGACCUGGCCGUGCCGGUGGACAGCCAGGACAUGUGCGUCAUGACUCUGCUCAAGUCAGUCUCGGAGGUGCGGUCGGACUACUCGGCGCUCCGCCGCGAGCUGGUCGAGGUGCAGCAACUACAGCGGGAGCUGUCGGCGCGGCUGCGGGCUCAGUUGAGGCUGGUGCAUGGGAAGUUUGCUAAACUACGGCAGAGGCUCGCCGUCGCUGACCAGCAUAUGCAGGCUCAUCAGCGAUAAACACAUUUUCAGGAGACUAUAGUACAGCCAAUUUUCACUUGUAGUAAUUGUAUGUACUAUACAGUACAGUGUACCUACAGCAGGGGUCUCCCAACUUUUUGACUCGAGGGCCACGGUGAGGUCCCCGACUAGAACUUUUUGGAAGGUGUGGGGCCAAAAGUAAGGGCACUUGAGCCGUAGUUUGAAGACUUCUGAUCUAAAAGAUAUACUUAACAGGAAGUAUAUAAGAAGAUAAGGUUCUCCCAAGAUUCUAUAGAUUUAAUCUCAUGCCAAAAUAGUUCCCAUGCAUUUUUAUCCAACAUACUCACGACACGGUUUUAUACUGGUGAGUACUGACUACUGUACACACUACUCACACUAGACCCUCUAGGGUACCCUUAUGAAUUUAUAACUAGUCAAACCAUCACAGAUUUUAUCUAAGAACAAUAAAUUGAUCUUUAAUAUGUAAUCGAACUAUGUGCCAAUAACUUAGUUUUAGAGUAUCAAGCACGGUUGUAGAAUUAUCUUAUUCCUGAGAUAUAUUGAUAGAAAAAAGUAUACAACAUAUAUCAAUUCAUCAAUGUACCUCCGGCCUUACUGAAACUUUCGUAAUUUAGCAACCAUUUUCUAAUACACGACUGUGUAUAACACACUUAAAAUAGCAAAUUAAUAUUUAAUAAUACGAUGAUAUAUAAUACUUAAAAUAUUCACACAUGGGCAUCUGCACCUUAGUACACUAAACAGCCCCAAUCGAAAUUGUACCUUACGUUAUAAGACUUAGAGCUCACAUUGUAGAGACCUGAUUGAGUAGGUAUCAUUUAGAUUAAUUAGGUGAUCUCAAACGAGUGAGUGAAAUGACUGAUGUUUAUUAUGUUUAAAUAAUGUAGGGAAUCAAUGUGAAACUUUCCUUUUUUGAUCAUAGGUAUAUUGAAUAAGAAAAACCUGCGUUUUGCCUGGCACUCACGAUUUUUGCUAAUAAUUUUAAUGGAACGGGGCUUACUUGUUAGCAAUUGUGUUGUUAUGCCCGUUGACGCAAAUACUCUACUCAUAUGGAUGAAUACGUACGACACUUUUCAUACCAGUGAAAAAAAAACGUAUUAUUAAAAAAAAGUUAGUUGAUCAAAUAGAGAAAGUUAUGAUAUUGAUUAAUAAUUGCUCAAUUUAAAUUGAGCUAUGAUGUGUGGUGUGUUGUAUGUCAAACCAAAUGUUAAAGUCAUACCCAGAUUACGCAUAUUUUGCAAUAUUUAAAUGUUGUUUGAUUAAUGUUUAUAUAUGUAUUGUAUUACUUGUAUUAUAUUGAUAAUGAACUUUAAUAUAUGAAAUUGUUGAAGGUACACGUAAUUAGCCUCAUGCAUAAAGUUUAUAUAUAUUUGAACGAAAUAUGUUUUAUUCGGAUGUUUGUUACCGUUAUAUCAUGUUACAAAUGCAUUUCCGUUUUUAAAUUACCAUUUAAUUACUUAAAAUUAUAAAUAAAAAGUACAAAAAUUUGCCCGCGAAAAGCUAGUGAGCGAAACGCUCGAAACGCCACGUGACGUCACGCGUUCGACAGAUUAGUGUCAUUAGUAGCAAACGUCAGUUGGGCCGCCCAACGUGUGACGUCAUCACUCUCUGUCGAAUUCGCGCCAAAAAUUAUGAGCGUGUCAACCGCUCAAAAAUUUUCAACAUUUUAAAUAUUUUUUAAUAAAAUAAUGUUAAGGUUUACAAAAGUAUUUUUAUCAUUUCCGGUGUUCCAACGAUAUAAAUUAUGAAUCCAAAAAUAAAAAUAAAUUCAUGCAUGGAGCUAAUUGUGCACGUAAUAGGUGUAUUGGGGUAAUUUCGGCAAAGGCAUAAUUUCGAAAAUAGUAAAUGCCAAUGAAACUAGAAGCACUUUGACAACUUUGGCAGCAUUUACGCCUUAUUAACGCUUAUCAAGGAGUCUUGGGAAGUGUUGCUAUAAUAUUAAGUACUCGUUUAGUUGAUUUUUCACCGGUUUCGAGAUUGCCCCCAUGUACCAAAAUUUUUAUAUACGUGAGUUUUUUUCACUUACCGAAUCUUUUUAAAAUGAGUCUAUUAGACGACAAAAUCUUUGUGAAAUGAAUUUCCAAUAACUUAUUGCUGUGAAUGUCAGUCGUUGUAGCAGAGAGAGAGGGAGAAUAAUUAAUAAAUUAUAAUGAAGUUAGAUAAGUCAACAUCGCACUAUAAAAUACUAAAUACAGUAAAUAGUAAGUUUUUCUCUCAUACACAAUAAAAAGACUUUUUUUAAAGUGCGCUG